ACUUCCAAAGGUGCUGCUUGUGUUCCUCGUAUGCUUCAAAGGCAGCGAUCAUGAAAAUUCCUCCAAAAAAGCCUCACUUCUUUAAACCUAUUUUGCCAGGUUUUAAGCAUGGAAUUAAAAUCCCCAUAGCUUUUUCCAAGUAUCUGAAUGGAUGUAAUCAAGAACAUGCAAUAUUGAGAAGAGCAGGUAAAAAGUGGGUGGUAAAAGUGAACGGACAGCUAUUGGAACAAGGUUGGGGAAAAUUUGCAGAGGAACAUGAUUUACAGUUGGGAGAUUGUUUGGUGUUCAGACAUGAAGGAAACAUGGAGUUUGAAGUUUCAAUCUUUGGUUCAAGUAAAUGUGAAAGAGAAUAUGAACAGCAUCUGGAAGGAGUUAAUGAAGAACAAGAGGAAAACAAUCAUUCUUUCAAGAAGUUCACAUCACAAGCAAAUACAACAGAAAGACCAAAGCUCAAGAUCAGGUCGUCACACAAGGCUUUCCCCAAUGCAGAAGCUGCACAGGACAUGCCCCUUGAUCGCCCUCAUUUCAUUUACACAAUCAAACCAUAUUGCCUUUCAAAGAGUUUUCUGCAACUUCCGGGACCAUUUGCACGAGAAAACGAUCUUAGGAACAGGAAAUGUACGAUAACAAUAAGGGAUGAACAAAUGUCUUGGACGUUUAGUCUAUAUUCUUCUGGCUCACAUACCUUCAUUGGAGGUGCGUGGAGUAAAUUCUGCAUCGCGAAUGGCUUUAAGGAAGGAGAUCAGAUAAUGCUUGAGAUAGUUGAAAAUGGAAAGAACCCUAUAUUGAAAGUUUACGAUUUGAUGGUAAAUGCAUCACACCAGCGCGAAGGAAAGAAGACAUAUUUGGAUGCUAAAAGUGUUUCCACUGAAGAUUUGAGAGCAAAUGCAUCACUUCAGCGCGAAGGAAAGAAGGCCAAUUUGGACGCCAGAAGAGUUACCACUCGAGGAAUAACAGGCCGAAGGAUUAAGACCUCAGAUAUGCCUGCUACAACUACAAGAGCACGACUUCCUGCUUCAACAUCUGCUAAUGCUAACCCUCAUUUUAUUUCUACUAUUAGGCCUUAUUUUAUCAGCAGACCUUCCCUCUAUCUUCCAGCGGCUUUUGCAAAAUCAAAUGGCUUGGCUAAUAAACGUCGUCAGUUGAUUCUCAGAGAUGAGAAACAAAGAUCAUGGCCAGUGCAGGUAGGACCACAGGGACAUCACUUUGCAAUUACCAGGGGAUGGCGACAGUUCAGAGAAGCAAAUAAUGUCCAAGUAGGAGAUACUUAUAAAUUUGAACUCAUCGACAAUGGCACAGUACCUGUAGCGCAUUUCCACUGUAAAUAUUCUGGGAAGGAUGCCAAGCAUCAGAGAAGUUAUUGACAAUGUAAAGAAGGAGUUGGUGAUUGGCAAGGGAAACGAGCAUCGAAGAAUAUAAUGUUCUUAGAUCUGGUAUAUAUUUUAUUUGAAUUCCUUUUGUAUCUGCUUGUUCUGUUAAUUCAAUAGCCUUUUUCAUUGCUUUUCUGUUAAUGUAUCAACAAAAAAUUCUGCAGACUGUUUUGUUAUAGUCAUUCGCAUUGUACAGUCACAGCACCAUCUGUGCUGGUUACGUCGAUGUACGAGAGGAAUAGAGAAAAACUUGUGAUUGGUGUGGAGGUGAAGAUCUGUUUAUAUAUAGUUCAAGAAAGAGUUCUGUUUCUUUUUAAUAGAAUUUGCUUAUCAGAAAAAAGAUACCUACUUUUGUAUGAUGUAUUCUACUUCAGUUUCAAAUGUUAACCUUUUAGUUUAGGAAUUAUAGUUA